AUGCAUAGCCGCAAGGGUAGUGUCGCCUCGAUACAAUCAGGAGGCCAAACAGCGCCGGAGGAAGACAAGGUGGCCAAAAGCCCCACGACGAGAAGAGCAGCAAUGGACAGAAUCAAGUCCAGGGCCGUGGACUCUGGAUGGAAUUGGGAGGCGGAGAGGGAAAGGGGAGAAGACGGUACUCAGCAGCGAUCAGAUCGUGGUCAACUUAGUGAUGGACAAGGACAACAGCAAGGGGCUAGCUCCUUUGCCGUGCCACCGAGGUACUCGUCACGGCCUUCCGCAGGCCCUAGCCGGUCUCGGAACGAUUCAUUCCAAGGACCACAACUUCCCAACACCCCCUCUAGCUCAUCGCCGCGGAAUAGCUUGACACAGAAUCGCGCCGGUGAGGGAGGCAACAUACCCCCUUCCCACUCCCAUCCGACCCAACGAGACAGGCACAUGACACCGUCUGGCUCCUCUAGCGGGAAGAGGGAGCAAUUAUGCGAUGCGUGCGGAAAACCCAUGACUGGGCAAUUCGUGAGGGCCCUGGGGGUGGUCUUCCACCUCGACUGCUUUAGAUGUCGAGACUGCAACAAGGUUGUCGCUUCCAAAUUCUUCCCAGCAACUGAGGAUAUGAAGGACGCAACAUCGCCUACGACAGCAGGCGAUGAGGAUCAGCGCAGCCGGCCUUCUGAUGGCAAGGGAGUGCCCCAGAAGCUGUUCCCCCUCUGCGAGACCGACUAUUUCCGGCGGCUUGACCUUCUCUGCGCAACCUGUGGUGGCGCUCUGCGAGGCAGCUACAUCACCGCUCUGGGCAAAAAAUUCCACGUUGAGCACUUUACCUGUUCGGUAUGCACGACAGUCUUUGGUCCUCAAGAUAGCUACUACGAGCAUGAUGGUAGGGUGUUCUGUCACUUCCACUACUCGACGCGAUUUGCUAUUCAGUGUAGCGGUUGCAGAACGGCCAUCCUCAAGCAAUUUGUGGAGAUCAACAGGAACAAUCAAGACGAGCAUUGGCAUCCUGAGUGCUACAUGAUCCACAAAUUCUGGAAUAUCAAGCUGUGUCCGACGGGAGCAACUCCCAAGGGGAGUGUCGCUGCUGAGCCGACGGUAUCGGAUGCUCCUGCUCCGUCCAAUUCGGGCGUGGCUCCCACUACUGGAGCUUCUGCGAGCGAUCUACCAGGUCCUGAAGCGCUCGAGAUCGAGGCAUCAGAAACGCCUUCGAGUCUCAAAAAGAAGCAGAAGACGAUGGAAGAGCAGGUUUUCCGGAUAUGGACGGUCCUGUCUGCCUUUGAAGAGAGCUCAGCGGCGUGCAUCUCAGAGAUGCUCAGGCACGUCAGCAGUGGGCGGUAUCUUGGAGGCGUCAGGAUGGCAGAGAGGUUCAUUCUUCACGUCGAGAUCCUCUUCUCUGCGAUUGACGACAUCGAGAGGGCUUUCAGAAGAGAACGGACCAAGGGUCUUUCGCACAUUCGCGAAGCUCGUAUGCUCUGCAAAAAGAUCGUCAACUUCUUCUCACUCCUUUCGCAUACUCAGGAGACAGGAGCCCAGCGCAUGGGAAUCACUCAGGAAUUGCUCUCUCUCGUUACCGGUCUAGCGCACUACCUCAAAAUUCUCAUCCGCAUCGCUCUCACUGGCGCUCUCAAGCUCGACCGCGAUCACGACAAUCGAUCAGCCCUUGUCCGUUUCCUGGAUCAAUUGGCUUACCUUGCCGAACGAGCUGCUCUGAGUGCCGAGGAGAAGGGCAACGAUAAUGAGCGGGGCGACUUCCCUUCGAAUGAGCUUAGCAUGCAAGGCCCUGACGGGAAGUGGUACGGGUACCGUAGUCUUCCGAGAAGCACCUCGAUAGCGUCCACAGACGGUAAUGAAGGUGCGACAGACCUCUGCGUCAGCUGUGGUCAGACUGUCGAGGAGGAGUGUGUCCGAAUGGGGAUCAAUAUGAGGUGGCAUACCUCGUGCCUGCGCUGUUGUCAUUGCAAGCGGAGGGCGCAUAAGGAAUCCUCUGGGCAAGGUACUCAGUCUGCGAGCCGAAAGACCGAAUCCGACUCUGCAUCAGAGGACUUGCCUAGUCUGCCGCCCUCAGCUUUCGCCCUCGAAGUGACUGCAAGGCCGCCGCCGGCAGAGGGGUCGCAGAGGAAUGGAGGGAGCUCAAGUCGCAAGCUCUUCCUUACCUACUGCUCUGAACACUCGCCUGCAAAUGCUCGUCGCGGCUUCGAAACUGGCACAAGGCUCGAGCAGUAUGCUUUCCUGCUCAGAGUAGCUCUGAACCGCUUGUACGCUCUUCUGAAGAAACGCGGCGUCGUCCCUGCCUCUCCUCCUGCCAUUGCACCUACUGAGAUCAGCAACUCCGACUCGACUGCGACGAUCAAGGGAGCAGACAGAGACUCUACGUACGGCGACUCGACGGAAGUGAGGCGCAUGAAGUCGGUCAAUCUCGAUCGCAAGCUCUCCACCAAGGCCAAAGUCCCCCGGAUCUCGACUGUGAUCGGCAGUCCAUCAGGUCGACAACCAACAGCCAGCUCGAUGCAGCGCAUCUCACCUUCGACAGAUGGCGGUAGCACUGAUUCCAGACUACCUUCGCCCAGGGAUGGGUCGCAACAGAAUAUCCUGGAAGCGACUCGGUCUCGAUCACCCUCGAAGAAGCCUUUCCGUCGCUCCCCAUCUCCUGUUCGUGGCUCAACAGCGGGUUCUUCACCUGUGCCUGAGCCUGGGUCAGUCAUUCCCAUUCGGCCUGCCUUUGCCAGACACAAUACCGAUGUACGCAUUCGUGAGGAUGGUCCCAUGCGGCAACCAUCCGGAGACGAUGGCAAAGAUCCUCUGGGGGCACACGAUGAAGGUCUGACAUUGGCGGACAUCCCGCAGCUGCUAGAGGCCGAGCAAGCCCGAGAGCAGCGUCGCUCACUCCAGCAUGACGGGCGCUCUCUGGGCGAAUUGUCCGCCCUUGAGCUAUUCAUCGUGAAGCACAUGGCUGUAAUGAUGCUGCAGCAGAGCCCACUGAAGGACAUGGUGCCCAUGGACGACCUCAUCGAAUUCAUUGAGACGAGGAAAAAUACAUUCUGGGGCAAGCUCUUCAAAGGAGGCAAGGAUAAGAAGAAGGUCGAGAAGAAGGGCACAUUCGGCAUCGCUCUUGACAUUCUCGUUGAGAGGAGCGGCGCAGACUCGACGCUUGGAGCUAGUGGUGCUCAACUUAGGAUCCCCUGUUUCGUCGAUGAUAUCAUCUCGGCCAUGAAACAGAUGGAUGUCUCAGUCGAGGGAAUCUUCAGGAAGAACGGAAAUAUUCGGCGACUGAAAGAGCUGUCAGAGGCUCUGGAUCGCGAUAGCUCCUCGGUCAAUUUGGCGGACGAUAACCCAGUCCAGCUGGCUGCUCUGCUCAAGAAGUUCCUCCGUGAGCUUCCCGACCCACUCUUGACCUUCAAGCUGCACCGUCUGUUUGUCAUGUCACAGAAGAUUGAGCCGGAGUCAGAGCGUCUGCGAGUCCUGCAGCUAGUGACUAUCCUCCUGCCCAAGGCUCACAGAGAUACCCUCGAGGUCCUCUUUGUAUUCCUGCGAUGGGUCGCCUCCUUCUCCCACGUCGACGAGGAGACUGGUUCCAAAAUGGACCUGCAAAAUCUCGCCAUGGUCCUUGGACCCAAUAUCCUCUACGCCAAGAGCGGCGAUCCGGCCAAGGACGAGCUCUUCCUCGCCAAUCGAGCCAUCUUGUGUCUGCUGGAACAUCUCGAUGACUUCUGGCAGAUUCCUCCCGAGCUGGACGUCGUGUUGCAAGAUCGAGAUUUGCUCAACGCGUCGGCUGACCUGACUUCGAGAGAUAUCCUCAAGAAGUGCGAGAAGUACGCUCGAAGAGCUGGGCCUAAUCGUGGAGGCGGCAUUGGUGGAAAUGGCAGCGGCGAUAGUGGC